UUUAUUGAUUUUUCUUGCUCGCAUUUGAAAUGUGAGCAAGAAAAUUUUCACAUUUUCCCUACAAACUUAAACAGCUGGCUCGACGUGAUGAUUUCAAAGCAGGAUUUUUUUUUCACUGCAUUAUAAAACUUGGAAAAAUACUUAUUUGACCAGUUCUUUGGGUGGACUCACGUCAAAGUCGUGUCAAUCUCACAAUUGAACUUUAUUCUCUCGUUUUUUGUCAGUUUGCAGAAUAUUCUAAACUUUAAAAAGUAAUUCCUCCGUGUACAUACACAAAUUCUCACGAGGCAAAAUUUGCUGACAAAAAAUCUGCGAAAUCUUUUCCGAUUCUGCAGUAUCCUGAAAUUUCUGCACGUGUCAAAAUAAAUACACGCACGUCAAAAAAAACGAUAUUUCUUCAAGCUUAAAAAGCUGUAACCUUUUUUAAAAAAUGGAAGAAAUCAGCAUACUUUUGACCGAGCCUGAACCAAGGGGUACUUUGCCCCCUCUGCGGAAAUGCAAUGUGGAGCGAAAGGAGCCAAGUGGUGGGGGAUAUUCCGUGCCCCCGAGGAAGUGCAGGGUUUCCCUGGUCGUAACGUCGGCGUCCUUUCUGGGCACGGUUGUUUCCAUGAGAUUGGUCGCCAUGGCCAGAACGUCGUCCCCCGUGGCGUGGCCGUCAUUUCUGACCGACUUGGCGAAAAUAUAUGUCGCCUUUUUCGCCAUCAUUGAAGCAAUUAAUAUGUUACUGGAAUGGUGUGACGAAAAAUUUCGUCCAAGGUGGAUUUUCUGUGACAGAUUUUCCCUCGCGUGGGGUCAGACCAAUGACAAACUUAAUUUCCAGGCCCUAUUUUCUAUGACGUGGUUUAGCAAACCGCACCCUCCGGAACAUGGACCAGAACGCGCUCAUUUUACCAAGUUCUUAUCCAACCUCUUGGAAUCCUUGGACUCUAAAUUGACCCAAAUUUUUAAAAAUAAUUUAUCCAGUAAUGAGUUGGACGUUUACAUCGCAGCGGUUCGCCUUUGGUCGAUUUCUCCCCCGUCCGACAGAGAUGGGGAAAUUAGAUCGAAAUGGGUCAAUUUUCUGAACGAAAUGGCAACAUUUGUGGAAGAACGGAAUAAGGAAUCCGAGGUGCCCAAGAAAUAAAUGAAUCCAAGGAAAAAUAAGAUUCGCUUAAAUGUACAAAAUUAUUACUCCUCUAAUUUAAAAUAACUAUGUAUUACUUGAUGCUAUUGCAAAUAAGACAAAUAUUUACCUUAUUAUGUGUGUAACGUAUGUAUAUAUGUAAUAAACUUAACGUAUUUUUUUUACUACA